AUGGUCGGCCAGAUGUCUCUUUAUGGCAGUCAUGGGGAUAUAAAAUUUGACACAGUGGGAAGCUCACCUGUACUAAAAGAAAUGGCUACUCUUACGGCCCCUCCAGGAUGGCCCAACUUAAUGCUACGAAAAGGGACCCUGCAAAGUAUCUCUAUACUUCAAAAUCCUGCUCCCACAACUAUGUUUUUGGCUUUGAAAGAGGAUAAAAGUUUCCAUCUCCCAGUACUCUUUUCCGGGAGACCGGCGCGCGAGCGGAGAGAGAGCCCAAAGAUAGCGGCCGCAGCCUGGCUUCCCCCAGAGCGACCGGAAGCCUCUCGCCCCCGCCGAACCGGAAGUCCGCCCCCUCGGGCUAAGUUCAAGGCCCAGCAAGCGGGCUUCUUUGACGCGAAAGCUGGGGGAGUUGCAGUCGCCGUCUGCACGGUGCCCGGGAGUAGUGGCCCGCCAGGGGCUCUCUCUCCAAUUGUUACCCUCCCGUGGGAUCCAGGAACACGGGCCAGGAGAGCCAGGGGCGUCCCCUCGGUGGCAGCCGCAAACCCCGGAGUGCUGAAUUCCCCUGCGGGAGAUGCUGGCGCUCCCGGUGGCAGAGAGCCAAAGAUGGUGCUCGCUGGCUGCCGCGAGGCAGAGGGGGAGAGCGACGAGGGCACCUGCCAAAGAAGGAAAAAGAAAAGAAGGGGGGAAAAGGAAGAAAAGGCAAAAAGGGAGAAAAAGACGGCACCCUCCGGCUUUCGCAAGGCCGAGGGAGAGCAGGAAGAUGGUGCCCACCAGCCUCCAAACCUGGACAGCGUCCCAGCAGACCCCUCCCCCUCAGACCAGUACUUUAAAAUUAGCAAAUGGACCACUUUCACGGAAAAUCUGGGUGCUUUGCAAAGAGCUGCUUCCGUAGAGGCCCUGAGGCAGAGUCAUGUACAAGUGUCUCCUGGCGUAUCAUGGAUAGUCCAUCACUCAGAGCAGGAAGAUAACAAAGCAGCAAUACUUCUGAGGUUGUGUCAGCUUGGAAGCUCCCAGAUUCAUCAGAAUUACUCCACCAAAGUGGAGGCCGCCAUCAACCUCCUGGUCAAUGUGCAUCUUUGGGCCUCCUACACCUACCUCUCUCUAGGCUUCUGUUUCAACCUCAACAUUGUGGCUCUGGAGGGCAUAGGCCACCUUUUCCGAGAAUUGGCCCAGGAGAGGUACGAGGGCACCGAGCAUCUCUUGAAAAUGCAAAACCAGUGCAGCGGCCGUGCCCUCUUCCAGGACGUGCAGAAGCCAUCUCAAGGAUGGGGUAAAACCCAGAACACUAUGGAAGCCACCAUUCUCAUGGAGAAGAACUUGAACCAGGCCCUUUUGGAUCUGCAUGCCCUGGGUCCUACCCUCUCAGACCCCCGCCUCUGUGACUUCCUGAAGAGCCACUUCCUAGAUGAGGAGGUGAAACUCAUCAAGAAGAUGGGUCACCAGCUGACCCACCUCUGCAGGCUGGCUGGUCCCCAGGCUGGGCUGGGCGAGUAUCUCUUUGAAAGGCUCACCAUCAAACAUGAGUAG